AUGGACUCAUGGUGUUUUCCACCCUUCGACCCCGAACCCGUAAAGCAAACAGACGAUGUGCAUCGGCCAUCUGCAACAGUCAUCCCCAUCUUCCUCGAUCAUAACAGCUGCGGCGGCGGCAGCUUUCCCACGGGGCAUACGAGACAUCGGCCAAAGACGAGGAAGCAUUCCACCAAAGAUGCAACGACCUGGGAGCGGCACAUGGGCGAGACAAGAGUAAGAAGCACGACUACCGCAUGGCCUUGA